CACAGGUGUGUCUUUUUUACCUCAUUGCGUCUGUCUGUGGGAAAUCCACCUCCAUAUACAAAUCAGCUUAAUUUUCAGGAUUUAUUACAAUGAAGGUUCCACCGGCGGAACUGAUGAGUGAUAUACUGCUGCGGGUGAGGGGGGAGGCUGUCCUCCCUGUUCACAGCAGCAUUGCAAAGUUCAAACGUAAGGAUGGCAUGUAUGUGGUCGCCGAGGACUACAGUGAAAUUGUGAAAAAAAGGGAAAUUGUGAACGCCAAAGAACGUCUGCGGAUUAGGAACCUGAACACCAUGUUCUUCCGCUUGAAGCGCAUGGUGCCCCUCAUGCGCCCCGACCACAAGCCAAGCAAAGUGGACACACUCAAGGCGGCCUCUGAAUACAUCCGAUUGCUAGUGGCCGUGCUUCAGGACACUGAAAAGGGAGACACCACCGGCGGGACUGACUUCCUGAAGAAGGCCAUUAGUUAUGGAAAUGCUGAGGCCAUGAACAGUGGCUUGUGGGAAGAAGACGAUUUAAAUGACCUGUCAGAGCUGAAGAUGUCCGAGGGAUACACGCUGACUUUGCCUGCCGGAGCCUAUGGGGGAGAGCAAGCCGACCUCAAUGGACUGCUGCUGCAACACUGUGUGGUGCCCACCUACCAGUUCAUCAUCCAGAUUGCACCCGAUCAGUUUUGAUUACAUGAAGGAUUAUAUAUUGCAGCUUUGCCCGAAAAGCCCCAAAUACAUGGUGAUUUUGAUGACCCAUUUCCUUCAAGUGACGUCCAAGAUGGCAGUGUUUACUUAUGAUGGUCCCACCCAGUUGAACGCACCAACUGGUAGGCUGAUCUAUCGGUCAUGCAUCGGGGUAGACACUUGUGAUGUCGAUAUGGAGACCUGAGCAACCAUAGAUUACCUUUCUCCGGGCCCAGUGGUGGGUUCCCCAGUGCAAGGUUUAAUCUUGCAGCAUUUCGAACUGUCAUCCAUUUUAAGCCAAUGUGCUUUUGCAAUGCCCACUGCUCUAUUGAGGACCUUCAGAUGGUUGAUGGCUUUUCUUUGUCCAUUCAUACACUUGGCUGAGCCUAUGAUUCGAAACACAGAACGUAGGAAGCUCAAAUAUUUGCACAUUGAGUAUCCAUGACUUGGUUCAUCAGUUGUAAACCAGCUGACCCUCCAGAUGUUGCAACAAUCAGAUGCAAAUGUACUCUCAUCCUUGGAUAUAAUGCAUUCAAAGUACUAAAAUAAAAAAUAAA